CGUAAAUGUGAGAUAAAAGGCAAAAGCAUCAGAUAAAAAAAAACAUAUUUAAGAAAAAACUGGAAUAAAUCGACUUUCAAUCAGUUGAUUAAAAGUUGUUCGUGGGGUUAUUUUUAAACCUAUGUAGAAGUAUUUGGGAUUUAUAAGUUUCGCUCUCGUGACUUGUCCACGCAACAGUUGAUACAACAAAAAGCUUUUUUUUUUCGAAAACGUCCCGUCAUGCACCUGGUGAAAAGUGAAAGUAAACGAACAGCGGGGAAGAUUCCACCCUCACAGUAAAAAAACGAUGUCUUUGUUGUGUAAAUGUUACCUGUUAUCUUUGUCCUGCAGAGAGCAGCUGAACAGGAGGAGAUUCAUGGGAAGAAGAGAACAAACACGGCGAGUUUCUCUUCCACUAAAAUGAAAGAAGACUCACAGUGACGUCAGACUGCAUGAACGUGUACGGGGAGGUUUAGGUUUUGAAAUGCAGUGGCAGUGUUGACCUGUGGUUCCCUCCCCCUCCUCCUCCCGUUGAUGAAGAUAUCAGAGGUUAUAAUUCAGCUGAUUUAUGGGACUGACUUCACAUGAGAUCUGUCUCACUAACGAUCAGCUGAUUCCACCUUCACAGCCCACGAUGUCUGACUUCAGAACCAUUGUUUUCUUUGACCUGGAGACCACUGGACUUGACACUUCCGUGUGUGACAUCAUCCAGCUGUCAGCCGUCUGUGGAAAAAGAGUCUUUAAUGUCUACUGCCUCCCUCGCCGUGAGCUCACAGACGGCGCCGAAAAUGUCACAGGCUUCACUGUCAGAGACGGUGUCCUUUAUCUCAGAGGGAUUCCUGUAGACACCAUUCCUCUGGUGGAGGCCCUGACCUCCUUCAUAGCCUUCCUGCGCUCCUUCCACCGCCCCGUGAUACUGGCAGCGCACAAUGCACGGCGCUUUGAUGCCCCUGUUAUCACCAGAGUGCUGCGACAGAUCUCCCUGCGGCAGGAGUUCCUUCAGGUAGUGACGGGGUUCCUGGACACCUUCCUGCUAGGCAAAAACGUUUAUCAUGGUCUGGCCAGUUACUCUCAGGUGUACAUGGUGAACUACUUCCUGGGAAAGACCUACGAUGCCCACAAUGCUGUCGAGGACGCCCGAAUGCUGCAGGAGCUGUUCAAGAGAUGGAGCCCUGACAGACCAACUGUGUCGAGAUUUAUCUACAGUGCUUCACUUUCAUUUUAACAAGUCUGAUCACAAAAAUAACAAAAUAUUCCAUAUGCAUAAUGUUUAUGUCAUCAUGCAACCUUCAGGUGGCUGGAGCAACACCUUUUUUGUUAAGCAAACAAUGUAAGUGAUAGUGUAGGAGGCAGAACACAACAACCCCCCAAAAAUGCCUGUGUACUGUUUAUUCUGUGAAGUGAUUUAUUUUUAGUUUUUUAGUUUUUUCUAUUGUGCUGUAACAUGUCUCAUCCUCACGGUUGUGAUAGCACUUUGUGGCACUAUUUUCCAA